AUGACGUACCCCCCUUGUCCUCCGAUCCACAAUUCACGAUCAAAACACAUGAAGAAGCCCGGUUUCGGCGGCAGUAGCAGUACCUGCGUUGUCUGCGACUCGCACAAGCGAGGGGGAAGGAAAAGGGCUAAGCAAACUGUCAUUUUUGGGACUUGUGGGAGGGGCAUGAGGACCAGGUGGAUGGUGGCCGUUGGAGAUGAGGGUGACUGGGGGGGCCCCUGCUCGGGGCAUGCAAGAGUCGGAUUGGUGAGGUCGGUGUUAGUCGGAUAUACUAAUGAUUCAUGGGAUGGACGAUUCAUCCAACUACUGGGGAUGGCGAUGAGUCUGUGUACUGCAUGGAAUAAGCGACAAGUCAGCAGGCAGGUGAUGCUAUCAUCUGCGUUGGGGUCAGAGCCAUUAAGCAUGAAGGAAUAA